AAACGGACGCACCGACGGUCGUCAACCGUGGAGGAGUCAGGAUUCGCUGUAUUGAGAACACCUACUACAUACAAUUAUAACGAACAUUGACUAAAGAUACCGGCAUAGAGAGGGACCGGGUUCUGUUCACCAGCCGCCCCCAGACAACAUGACGAUGGUAGCCGUGAACAACAGCACCAACAGUUCCGACAUGUUCCAGGGAUGGGAGGACCUGGAGGGGGUAGACCUGCUCCGGGUGGUUGGAGUGGGAGGAAUUCUGUACCUCAUAGUCCUCGUCACAAUCCUAGGGAACCUCAUGGUUCUCACUGCAGUCAUGAAGUAUCCGCACCUGCGCUCCAAAGUCACCAACUACUUCAUCUGCUCCUUAGCUGUGUCUGAUCUCAUGGUAGGUUUCCUGGUCCUGCCCUGGGCAGCGGCGCAAGAGCUGCUGGGAUACUGGCCCUUCGGACAGUUCUGCUCGACCUUCGUCUCCCUUGACGUCAUGUGCUGCACGGCGUCCAUCUUGAAUCUCUGCGUCAUCAGCGUGGACCGGUACUGGGCGAUUUCCGACCCUUUCAAGUACGAACGGGACAUGACGUGUUGUCGGGCAGCCCUCAUGAUCGGGUUGGCCUGGUGCUUGUCAGCAAUGAUCUCCCUGAUUCCAAUCGGUCUAGGCUUCCACCAGAUAGGAGAAACAAUAACCGUCACGCAACGACAGUGUGAGUCGAACAUGAACGAAGUUUACGCCAUCACGUCCUCCUUCGUCAGCUUCUACAUUCCCGUCAUCAUCAUGGUUCUGGCCUACAGCAAGAUCAUGCAGAUCGCCCGGCGGAAGUACGAGGACAUUGUCGCACUGCACCGCUCAGUCAACCAGAACACCAAGUCCGUACAGGAGUCCAGAACGGCGCUGAGACGAGAAACGCGAAUAUUCAAGACUCUAGCCUGCAUUCUCGGGGUCUUCAUCGUCUGCUGGCUCCCCUUCUUCAUCCUCAACUGCCUCGUGCCGUUCUGCCCGCUGCGAACAGGGGGAAAAGCAAACUUUACGUGCAUCAACAACACUGUGUUCACAGUGUUCGAGUGGCUGGGUUGGGUCAACUCCAUGCUGAAUCCCAUCAUUUACGCCUUCAACAAUGACUUUCGGAAGGCGUUUUGGAGGAUGCUGUGUCGGCGGGUGGCCUACAGAGGAAGCGACGCUGCCGCGGUAAACUGUCCCUGCUGCCCAGCGGAGACCUACGAAAUGGCGGAGUACAGGACCUCCAACAGAGGCCCCAGGUCCGUAUGACAACGACAGCAGCCUGACGAAGGGGACACGUUCGAAGAGAUCGAGAUGACGGAGAUCGGAAGCUACAACAUUAGAGAGUAGGACAGGGGUUCUGUAGCUAGUGAGAAAGGGGAGCAAGGCUAUACAGGGUAAAAAAUAAACUGCGCCUGAAAGAGAACAUGUAUAAAUCAACAGGGUUGAAAGAAACUAUACUAGUAUCCAGUAUCAAUGACCGUAACAGCUGAUAUUCAGUCGACCUAGUAUGUGGACUAACCGAGGAGUGAGGAAGUGCAAAACAUAAUAAUAACAACAUAGUAGCAGGAUGUGCGUGUUGCCAAAACCAACACAUAACCCUUAAAUCAAAAUUGCUAUCUCUGCAGGUUUUGGAAUGUCUGGUGAUAUCAGACGUGAGUAUAUAUCCUAAUCAAGGAGUAGAAUAAAAAGUUUGAACUGUGUAAAAAGAAGUCUUCUAUAUUUCAGUCAGAAAUGAUUUCUUAUCAUGUAAUUAAUACUGCUAAUUUGAUGUUUCAAAGGUAUUGUGCAAGUUAUGUGUACGGUUAUGUGCUACGAAAUCUGUUUGUAUAACGUACAUAAAACAAAGUUUAAAAUGGCGAUGUUGAUAAUGAUGAUUAUAUUUAUGUUGUUGUUGAUAAUGAUGGAUUAUUCUUCUUUCGAUUCGACAGAUGACCAGUCAUUUGCCGAUUGUCAAUUUACAUGUUACAAAGCUAUGACAGCAUUACUACCUGUACAGACAACGUUGCUCAAUGCAACAAUAGAGUAUAAGUCAGCCUUAGGUCCUUCAACAUAGGCACAUUGUACAGUACCUCAACAGGUAAUCAGGGUACAGUGUUAAGAAGUAUUGUUCCAAUGGUCAACGAUGCAAGUACAACAACCAAUCAGUCUAUCGUAAUCACCCCAGUCACCAUGUUGUUUACAGUAACUGGUAUUGGCUGUAUUUAUGACUGUUGAUGUU